UUCCAAGAACUUGAGAAGAGGGUUUCGUUUUUGAAAUCGUCAGUGCGAUUUCCGUUUACUGUUGUGCCGGGUGGUAUAAGAAGGAAAUUAUUUGCAGUUGUGACUAUAUACCUUCAAGAUGACGUGGUUGACAUCGACGUUAGCUUUCCUCAUGGUUCUUCCAUUGGUUGCUUCAAUUAGACCAUCGGAUGUGAACCCAUGUUAUCGUUCAUGCGAUUUACCGUCAAUACCAAUGACGUGUCAGUUUAACUGGACUCUGGAUUGGUUCUACACAAUGGCAAAAGAACCGUGUGGCAACUGUCCGAAUACACCGAUUGACUGCACUAGUAAUCGUCAGUGUGUUACUGCUGAUGGUGUGGGUCGUCCUGUCAGUCUCAUGAACCGCGUAUUUCCAGCUCCAAGUAUACAGAUAUGCAGGGGUGAUACGGUCAUAGUCAACAUAGUGAACCGAAUGUCUAACAACGAAGGCACAUCAAUCCACUGGCACGGUUUGUUCAUGAAUGGUACCCAGUACAUGGACGGCCUGCCAAUGGUCACCCAGUGCCCCAUCCCCUCACCAGGGCAAUUCCAGUACAAGUUUACGCAAUACGAGCCCGGCACGCAUUGGUUCCACUCCCACAGCGGACUGCAGCGUGGAGAUGGCUUGAUGGGGUCGCUCAUCAUCCGUGAGAGCACUCGAAGCGACCCUCAUGGUAGCUUGUACGAUGUAGACCAGGCAGAGGAUGUGAUCUUCCUGAACGACUGGUACCAUGAAACAAUGGUCACGCUCUUUGAGGAGGAGACUUGGGCUGCAAGCUCCCCUAACGUAAGCUCCAUCUUGAUCAAUGGCAAAGGUGUAUUUGAAGGCGGUAGUUUUCCUCACCCCCCUGUGGAAGUCUUCAAUGUCAGUCAAGGUUUAAGAUAUCGGUUCCGAGUUAUCAGCGGAGCUGCCUCAUUCUGCAAUAUGCAAUUCUCGGUGGUGAACCAUUCGCUGCUCAUGAUUGCUAGUGACGGCGCUGCGUUCGAACCUCUGGCAGUGGACUAUUUCCGAAUCAGCUCGGGUGAGAGAUAUGACUUCGUUCUGACGGCCAACCAGUCCAUCGAUAACUACGAGAUACAAGUGGUUGGUUUAGAUUGCACGAACGAUGCAGGGGGGCCAACUAAGCAGGUGGCUUUACUGUACUACGUUGGAGCAGCUGAAGCUCUAGCCUCUGAUGUUCCUUUACCAGAUAUUGUGCAGUCAGGCAACAAGAACGAUAGGUGGAAGGCUUUUCCCGAUAGGUCUCUGGCUGAAAUUAACGCUUCGACGGGUCGGGGUUUUCAAUACCGGCCUACAACCUUAAAUGAGGAGUCUCCAGAUCCGUACUAUUUGAAGGUAGACUUCGGGAAUCGCACCGAUCCGACCACAAAUACGUCACGAUUGUAUCCCCAGAUCAAUGAUAUAUCAUUCCACUUCCCGACUUCACCACUGCUGUCUCAGUACAAAGACACUCCGGCGAGUUCCUUCUGCAAUCAAGCAAGCUUUGGUCAAGGUGAAUGUAACGGGGAGAAACUGUGCAAAUGUAUCCAUACGAUUGAGCUCCAGCUGAACCAGCGUAUAGAAAUCAUCCUGUUCAACCCUAAUAUAGAAGGCUUUCCAGUGUUGCAUCCUAUGCAUCUUCAUGGCAUGCAGUAUAAGAUUUUAGCAAUGGACAGGAUUGAGAACGCAAGCAUUGAGAAUAUCCGCAAAUUAUACAGACAGGGCAAAAUUAUACUGAACCCAAAUGGCCCCUACAAAGACGUGGUGAUCGUACCGAACGGUGGAUACACAAUCUUCCAGGUUAAUGCAUGGAACCCCGGAUGGUGGAUUUUCCACUGCCACAUCGCAUUUCAUCUUGAGGAGGGAAUGGCAUUAUUGUUCCACGUCGGUGAACAGAGGGAUCUGCCCCCCAUACCGCCGGCUUUCCCUAAGUGUGGAGUGUGGCCUCCUAACACACCGGUGCUUACAGAAACUAUGGAGGAAGAAGAAUCCGAGCCCCCAUUACCAGAGAACUGUCCAUCUGUAGGGUUGUUUUCAUCAGACCUAAUACAUCUUGUGUGGAUAAUCCCGAUCACAUUGGUGAUAGGCUUGGUCAUUGGGGUGGUUAUCAUGAAGUUUCUGUGUGUGAAGGGAUCCAGGCCAGCUGGAAGCUCUUCAGCUGUCCCAUCGGCAGAUCCUACUUCUGAUACACCUUUGUAGAUUUGGGUCAUGAGUUUUCCCGUCAAGCUAUGCUGCACUCAGAGUUGGAUUUCAACAAAACCUUUGUGUUUUGGCAGCCAGCUCAUAUAGAUAGUAUAUGCAAUCUUACCAUGACUACGCGUCUUUUCGCCCGGCGAAACAUGACGUAUAUACAGUGUUUUGUCAACAGAGGGCGGUUUGAGUGUAAACACCGGUCACAUCGUCUACUCAGUAUACUAGAGUAGUGCUUUAUAAACUACGAGAUUUCCCGGUAGCUAGAGGUGGUUUGAAUACUGUACUUAAACGCGGUGUACACUAUUGGUAAUUACUCAAAAUAAUUAUUAGCAUAAAACCUUUCUUGGUGACGAGUAAUGGGGAGAGGU